AUGUUCGACGAUACGAUAAACUCGACUGGGGAUGUGCCAGCCGCCUGGUAUAGGGAUCUUUCUCACGUUGGAUACAACUUGGCUGGUCAGCGACUGCAGCGGAAUGUUGGUGCCGAUGCACUGUCAAAGUUGCUGAACGACGUCGAUGAUCGUUCUUCAUGGCGAAAGCUAUCUGACGGUUUGACAGGGCGAGAUUUCAAGUUAUCUCAAAGUGAUAUUGUUUUAUUGAGACGCAUGCAAGCGGGUAGGCUGCUGACAGACCCACUGGCACACAUCACGGGAAUAAGUCAAAUCAUGGAAAAUGUAGUCUCCACAACCGAACCAAAGCGGCGAUUUCAGCCAUCGAAAUGGGAAGCUAAAUCAGUACUAAGAUUAGUUCGCGCUUUGAGGCAGCAACCUCGGCGUAAUGUAUCAGCUGGCGAGAAUGAUAUUCAACAUACUCGUGAUAUAUGGUUGGGCGUGCAGCACUUAGUGCACAAUAGCUCUGGGUCUGUUCGUGUACCGAAACCAUUACCACCAGGUAAUCACUUUUCUUUCAACCCACCGGCAGAAUAUGUGGCAUACUUGGGCAAAUCUUCAGAUUACGCGCCAAAAAGUCUCAGGCAGCUUCAUAGCUAUGAAAACUUCACACGCGAAAGAUUUGAGAGAUGCCUUGAUUUAUAUCUAUGUCCUCGUUCCAAUCGUGUUAGAGUAAAUAUGGCACCCGAUGAAAUUUUGCCGCAACUACCCUCUCCAAAAUCUCUGAAACCUUUCCCAGAGAUUCUCACACAGAGCUAUACCAUCUCAGAGAAAAUUAUGUCAAUGUCUGUUCACUCCUCUGGUGAGUGGCUUGCAUGCAGUACAAAAACUGCUAAAGUGUUUAUAUUCGAUAUUCACACUGGAUGCUGUCUCCAAAAAAUUAGCUUCGGUAUCGCACCCACCGCAAUUCGUUGGCAUCCAGUGAAACCGCGCAUCUUACUGCUCAUACUAGGUUGCUGCGUUCUUGUGACAGAUGCUUUCAGUGUUUUCGAUGCCUCAAACGUGAACUUUAUGGAAACUUCAGAGCUGAUGAGUUGGAUCCAGCUCGGUGUAUCAACAUUUAUUGUACGACACACAUCAAUCGUGAAAGAAAUAGUAUGGCACGAAAAAGGCUGUUACUUUGCUACGAUUUUUGGUACAAAAAGUGGUGUCAUGAUACACAAUCUUGAUAAACAGGAAUCCCAAUCACCUUUCGUGAAGCACGAUGCUCCAAUACUCGGCACUUCAUUUCAUCCAACAAAAGCAUUCUUCUUCAUCUGCUCACAGAAGAGUGUACGAAUGUAUAAUUUGAAGACACAGGAGCUCGAGAAAAAGUUUUCGAAAGGUACGGCAGUGAAUUCUUGCAUGUGUAUCAGCUCUAGUGGCUUGAGUCUGUUCGUGGGCACACGUAAUGGGAAUUUACUGUGGUUUGAUAUAGGUAGCUCUACGCAUAGCAAGGUCAUUUCGAUGCGUGGGGCAGCGAUAGGUUCGGUGAUUUGCCAUGAAAAAUAUCCACUGUUGGCCACUGUGGCAUUCGAUGGCGACGUGAACAUAUUUCACAUAUCAGAGACAUCUGAUUUUGACUCGACCACGGAGCCCAUGAUAGUUCCAGUAAACACAAUAAAGAGUACUAGAACAGAAAUUGUGGAUUGCUGCAGAAUACAAUUUCAUCCAUGUCAGCCGUGGCUCUUUCUCCAGCGAGGAAAGGCAAAUAUUGGUCUUUUCAGUCCAAUGUGA